AUGGACAUCCGGUCCAACGCCUGGUUUCACGGAUCCAUUCCUCGAUCCAAAGCCGAGCACUUGCUGUCGACGAGCGGACACUUUCUGGUGAGGAAUUGCAGCUCAAGACACGACGACUACGUGUUGUCGACCAGAAGUGGUGGUCAUGUCUUGCAUUUUGUCAUCUCUCGGGUUGUGAUGAAUGCAAACACGGAUUACCAGAAGAUUCGGUACUCUUUGGAAGACGACUCGUUCGACUCCAUCACUGAUUUGAUCACAUAUUAUGUGGGAAACAAACGGCCGCUCACUUUGGCCUCAAUGGCUGUCAUCACAACUCCCGUCAAUCGCAGCCAUCCUUUAACUUCACUUCAAAACACCAUUAAUUACAGCAAAACUCUCUUCUCAUCCAAAGUCUCGUCUUUAGAGAAACGACGCGAAGAAUACAAAUCGGAAACAAUUACUUCGUAUUCGAGCGAAGAUAUCAGACAUCAGACGUCGACUCCUCCCAAACCGAAUCGAUUCCAAACAGGGAUUCGCUUGUCUUCGACCACUUCUUUGACGGAACAGAAGUUUUCAAAUAUGAGUCUUAAUUGUGAUAAUCUAUCGGAAAGUAGUGGUCAUUCUUCGCAUAAAAAUGGAUCCAAUGGUUCCGAAGACAGCGCUUUCUUCUCGGAAAACAUUUCUCCGAAACAAAUGGAAGAAAAUAAAUACGAAACGAAAAAUAUGAAAAUUAUUAACGAAAAAAGUGACCAAACAUUUCUUCCGCAAACCUUUUGUUCGCAAAUCAAAGCGCAAUCAUUUCAUACAUAUCUAUUGCCUAAAGAUAAUAAGCCUUUGGACUCUUCAGCUAUAAUUAAGAUCCAAUCGGUUCUGUCGGACACCGGACCACGAAUUCUGGCCAAUCAUUUGGCCAAAUGUGAUCUUCUAUUCAUUCGAUUAAAGGAUUUGAACCAUGACUUUGGUUAUGGGAUUCGAUCGGCGUUUGAAACUAUUCUUUUGCCAAAUGGAAGACAAUUGCGUUUAGAUUUACUCGAAAGACAUAAAUGUCUGAAAUAUUUUAUUUGUAUAACAAUUUUGACGGCAAUUAAUGACGAGAAAAGAGCUUUAAUUUUGAAUAAAUGGAUUGAAAUCGCGGCCGAAGUGAAGACAGCUUUAGGAGAUUUGUUCGGUUUCGGAGCCGUAAUGGAAGCGCUUUCGAUGGAACCGAUUCUGAAGCUGAACAACAUCUGGUCUCUCGUGCGCUCAAACUUUACUCCGAAUGCAAUCAAUUAUGAAACCAAACUUAAGCCACAAUUCAAAUCCAUGAUUGAAUGCAUAGAACCUCAGGCUCCGAAUACGUGUUUUCCGUUUAUUUUGACUUUAAUUCAAAUACUGGAAAGUCAUUGGGAUUUAGUCGAGAGUCAGAAAGACAGCGAUAAGAGAAAGUCGUCGCAAUGUUUGGGCAUUUGGUUCGAGCAGACGUCCGAAGAUUGCGGUCUUCAGCAGAUCCUCAAUCACUUGGAGUCCGGGACAGCAUUUGUCGCACAAUUGGAUAUUUAUAGACGAAACGCACGCAUCGUUUCCGAUAGUCUUAAGUUUGACGAACUGUUGACAGAUAUGUUUAAAACAGAAUUUCAUCGACAGUUUCUCUUCGGCUUUCGUGGAUCUGAUGUCGAAAGCGAUGAAAAGUUUGAUAAAUUUGAUAAAAUAAUCGCAGCUUUAGUCAGAAAAUGUGAAGCAAACGUCCAGUUCUAG